AUGCUCAAUAUAGAGCUUACUUUUAACGAUAUCCGGAAUACAAUUAGGGGAGGGAAGCAGGGUAACUAUAGCCAAAAGCAGAUUACCCAGGGCAAUCUUAAGAAGGCCGUCAACCUACGUCAAUUUAAAAAGCCCAGGGCCCGAAAGAUUCGGAGCUACAAUAUACAGAUCAGCCAGGAUGGCUUUUGCUGUGAAUACGGCAAGGGUAUUAACCCUGACGAUCGAGACGAUAAUAAACCUGGUGCUGGCAGCGAUAACGAUAGUGACGUUACUAACCCUACUCCUCACAUUUAA